AAUCAACUUUUGGUAGCAAAACCAUACGCACAAAAUGUUCAGCAAAAUUGUAGCUUUCGGCGCUUUGGUAGCGGCCGCCAACGCCGGUCUCUUGGGACAUGGCCAUGGAGCUGCGGUAUCCUCGCAAAGCAUAGUGCGUCAUGAUGCUGGACACGGUUACGCUCCUAUUGCCCACGCUGCGGUGCCCGUUGCCCACGCUUACGCUCCCGUUGCCCACGCUGUACACGCCCCAGUCGCCCACUACGCUGCCCCUGUUGCCGCAUAUGAUGGUCACGAUUACUAUGCUCACCCCAAAUACGACUACACUUACUCCGUGGCUGACCCUCACACCGGUGACCACAAGUCCCAGCACGAGAUCCGCGAUGGUGACGCCGUCCACGGCUCUUACUCUCUGCUCCAGCCUGAUGGCUCCGUGCGCACAGUCGACUACACCGCUGACGACCACACCGGUUUCAACGCCGUGGUGCACAACUCCGCCCCCGCUGCACACCCCGCGCCCGCUCAUGGCUACCAUCAUUACUGAUUUAUAUGAAGAAACAAUGGGCUCGCCCGAUUAAUUUAUUGUCCUGUGUUAUCAAUGUAAAUAGUGUAAAAAUAAAUAAUAUCUAAAAGC